UUUAUAAAUAAGUAGUUCGCUGUAAGUUUCUCAUCCGUUGUCUCUAUCAUAACGCUAACAUUUCGCUUUCCAUCUCUGUGAGCUCACUUGCUGUUGCUUUCGCUCUCUUCCUCUGCUUUGGGUUCCACUCUCCAGAUCUGAACCUAAAACUCGCAAGGUUUUAAAUUUCCUUUUUCUAGAACAUGGGUCGUGGAGUUAGCAGUGGUGGAGGUCAAAGCUCAUUGGGCUAUCUGUUUGGGAGUGGAGAGGCUCCAAAGCCUUCCAUAGACAAUGCCCAACAUGCUUCAAAUGAUGGCCAAGCAGUGAAUAAGUUGCCUCCCUCCAAACCUGCUGUUACUCCUCAGCCAGUAGAUGCUACCAAGCAGAUACCAGCUGGUAUUAAUAGUUCUUCUGCAAACAACUACAUGCGGGCAGAUGGCCAGAAUACUGGAAACUUCCUCACGGAUCGACCUUCAACCAAAGUCCACGCUGCCCCUGGUGGUGGAUCUUCUCUGGGGUACCUCUUUGGUGGUGGUAGUAACUGAGAUAUACCUAAAUCCCAUCCUGAUGGAAGUUCUGUUUUUUCAAUUCUUGUGGGAACCUUUAGUUUGGAUGAAGCAACGCAUUCAUCUAUAAUGCAAUUAAGCAAACUUGCUGGAUCAUGCGAUGUAAUAUAUAGAUGGCGGUGGUGUUUUGUUAAUUCAAUCAAAGAGCAUUUUAUAUGCA